AUGGCACGUGUUGUACGUAAUUCUAAGUUUCGUCAUGUAUUUGGACAAGCAGCUAAAAAACAAGAUUGUUAUGAAAAUAUACGUAUAACAAAAAGUGCAUGGGAUUCAACAUUUUGUACAGUUAACCCAAAAUUUCUAGCUGUUAUCACUGAAUCAGCUGGCGGUGGAGCAUUCAUGGUUUUGCCCUUGGAUAAAGUUGGACGGCUUGAUCGUGAUGUUCCUCUAGUGACUGGUCACAAAGCAGCUGUACUAGAUAUUCAGUGGUGUCCACAUAACGAUAAUGUUAUUGCUAGUGGAUCAGAAGAUUGUACUGUAAAAGUUUGGCAAAUACCCGAUCAUGGUUUAACACAAAAUUUAACACAAGCAUCAGUAGACCUCAUUGCGCAUCAAAGACGUGUUGGACAGGUUCUAUGGCAUCCGACGGCAUUAAACAUUUUAUUGAGUUCAGGCGGUGAUACGAAAAUAUUGAUUUGGAAUGUGGGAAAAUCCACAAUAUUGACGACAAUUGACUGUCAUCCAGAAGUAAUACUAAGUAUUAGCUGGAACUAUGACGGUAGUCGAAUAAUAACAGCGUGUAAAGAUAAAUAUUUAAGAGUUAUAAAUCCAAGAAAUGGAGAAGUUUUGAAAACUGGUUUAGGACAUCAGGGAGCAAAACCAAUGCGUGCAAUUUAUCUUCGUGACGGACGAAUUUUUACUACUGGAUUUUCCAAAAUGAGUGAAAGGCAAUACGCAUUAUGGGAUGAAGCAACAUUGGGAAAUGCAUUAGUGAUGGAAGAGCUAGACAGUUCAAAUGGUGUACUAUUUCCCUUUUACGAUGAAGAUACAGGUUUAAUAUUUUUAUGUGGAAAAGGCGAUUCAACAAUUCGAUAUUUUGAAUAUACUCCAGAGCCACCUUAUAUUCAUUUUAUUAACAUGUAUUCUUCAUCUGAUCCACAAAGAGGAAUCGGUGUUAUGCCAAAAAGAGGAAUGAAUACAACAAUAUGUGAAAUAGCGCGUUUUUAUAAACUAUUGAAUACUGGAUUAUGUGAAGUUAUUAGUUUCACAGUCCCAAGAAAGUCUGAACUAUUUCAAGAAGAUUUAUAUCCGGACACGGUAGGAGAAGAACACGCAAUUACAGCUGAUGAGUGGAUUAAAGGAACUAAUGCAAAGCCAGUUUUAAUGUCUAUACGGGAUUUACAAGGAGGCGGAAAAACGCCAGGACAAAGUGGAAACAGUGGUGGAGGAUCGGCAAAGCAAGAAGUUGUUUUUGGAAAAUCAACAUCCACGGCAGCUAAAACACAACAAAAUUUAUCUGGCAAAUCAAGUUCGACACAGUCUCAAAAAGAUGGAGCUGGAAAUCAACAACAAUCAUCUUCUCAGAAUAAAAUUGAACCAAUACAGGAGCUUCAACAACAAUCAAAUCAUCUUGGAUUAACACAGCAAUCAUCUUUAUCGUCACCAACCUCUGUUUCUCCAUCAUCAAAUAAUACUAUUAAUCAACAAAUUCUUUCAAAAUUAAAUGACAUUUUUUUUCGUAUGAAUGAUUUCGAUAAACGUUUACAGUUUAUUGAAAGAGCCCUUCGUAGCGGUACCACAGCAUCUACUUUAUUAGCGACUAAACAAUUAUCGGUAUCAAAACAUCAGUCACGUGUUGAAAAUGACUCAAACGACGAUUUGAGAUUUUAA